AUGAGUAACUUCUCAACCGAUUGCAUCUCAACACCCCCAAUACCCUCCCUCCUCGCAAACAUAACCGCCUGCCAACUCGCCUCCAACACAUCUUUCUGCUACCCGCCCAACGGCACGCGCAUCUGCGUCUCCAACACCAUCAACUCAUUCCCGUUCUAUUUCCCGCGCUCCUUCUACGGCAACGACUCCAAAAUCUCCCUCGGCUACACGCUCAGCACAUCCAUCACUCCACGGCUCAACAACACAGGAAACACGACGCUUCUCGUUGGCGAGAGCUUAUACACCACAUUCGGGCUGAACAUCCCCGGCGUACGCAAUGAAAAAACGCUAGCGGUAGUCAUGCGCGCAAAGGCGCCGGGCGUGAGCGAAGCAGAAGUCUACGCAGGCCCGACAGUGGUGCUCGUCAAGACUGCAGAAUUCCCCAGCGCGACGGCGACAUCGAGACCGAAAUCCGACGAUGAUGACGAUGAAGACGCAUUGACUGGACUGACGGGUGGGGAGAUGGCGGGCAUCAUCGUAGGCGUCAUCGUGGGCAUCAUCGCGCUGGUCACGGUUUGUUGCUGUUAUGGAUGCUGCGGGUGUUGUGGGGGGAGGAAGAGGGCGGGGAGGGUGAUGGGGAGUGAGGAGAGGGAGAGGGUUGUUAAGGAAGGGGUCGAGUUAAUGGAGCAGGGUGGGGCGAGGGGGAUGCGUGUGGAGGCGCCUGUUUUGGCGGGACCCGGGUGGGAUGAGAUUGAGCGGGUGGAAGCGGAAAGGGCGAGGGUAGAUGAGGAGGUUGUGAGGGAUUACAUUGAUCCGCCGCCGGCGUAUAAGUCUUGA